AUGAUCAGGCGGUCAAGCAGGCUCCUUUUGCAGGGGUCCAUUUUCUGCGCCUGUGCAUUGUUCCUUGCCUGGAAGACCAGGCAUGCUACCCUCUUUCAAAAAGUUACAAAUAUCGUAAGAAGAUGCCUCCGAUUGAAAAGUCAAAGGGACAUUGAGACAAACGAACAAAUUAGGAACAACGUGAAGAUCUACUUUGGCAGCCAAGGAGGAACGGCAGAACAGUUUUCCAAAGAACUGAGCGAAAACCUAAGAGAUAUUUUCAAUAUAAAAGCAGAGGUGAUCGACUUGGAAUAUUUCAACAAGGAUGAAAUAUCAAAAUUUGGUGUGCGCAUAUUCAUCGUAGCUACUUAUGGAGAUGGAGAACCCACAGACAAUGCAUGUGCCUUUUUUAAGUGGCUCAAAAAUCUGAAUGAUGACAAUGAAUAUUUUAGAAACACCAUAUAUUCCAUUAUGGGAUUAGGAAGCAAACAAUAUAAGCAUUUUAACAAAGUUGCAAAAAAGCUAGCCAACUAUCUCACCAAAUUUAAGGCAACACAGAUUAGCGAAAAUGUGUUUGGGGAUGAUGAUGAUAAUAUUUAUCAGGAUUUUGAAAUUUGGAAAAGGGAAUUUUUUAAAGAACUUGUCAAAAUGUUACAUAUGAAGGAGGAUAUUAUUCCAGUGCAAUUUUUUUCAGAAAAUGUGGUCGAGUUGGUGGACUGGACAACUCUUCCAGAAAUAAAUCUGCGUAUUCGAUACGGAGAAGAAGCGACAGACGAAGGUGCGUUACCACAUGGGAUGGAACAAGCACAUCCUGGUAAAACGGAAACAAUAAUUUUGCCUCACCAAACGACAGACAUAACCGGUAAGUUCUACUUUAAUCAUCACACGGGAAGGGUCAUGUCGAAUGAGAACCUGUUGAAACAUGUGAACCAUACUUCUGAUGAUGAUAAGGUCAAUCGUAUAGUUAUCUCUGUGGAGAAAGUCUCCUUCAAAGCAGCUGACACGUUGGUUGUGUUGGCGAAAAACCCAAAUGAAAUCAUCUCCUGGUGGUUGAAGCGGUUAAGGAUAGACGAUACAGAUAGGAAGAAGAGAUUUACCUUUGUGUCUAAGGAUACAACAGAGAAUCGAUCCCAAGAAUCUCAGGAGAACGGUUCGAAUUUGAAUACCUUACAAAGUAGUAUUCUUCAGGAAAACACCCCUGUAUGUGUCCCCUUCCCCACGCCAUGCACCGUGGAAGAUGCACUGGCAUACUACUGUGACUUGACGACCAUACCGAGGGUAAACAUUUUAAAGAAGUUCAAGUGCUUCAUCAAAGAUGUGGAGGAACUCAAAAUGUUUAAUUAUAUCCUUUCCAAUAAACAGAGAAGUACGUUUUUCAACAUUUGCAAAGAGUCAGACAUGACGUUGAUUGAAUUUGUCGACAUAUUCAUGCCAAAAGCUGAGUUCGAAUUAACCCCAUUUUUGCAACUAAUUCCAAGGAAUGUUCCAAAAAGUUACACCAUUUCUUCAUCCCCCAAGGAAGGGGAAGAUACGAUCUCUUUAACCGUUAAGAAAAAACAGUACCCUAUUCAUUCCCUUCGUAAGGCUCUGAAAGAGUUUAAAAAUAACGAUAUGCUUCCUCCAAUAAGUGAGCAGAAAUUACGAGAACUUUGCAGCAGACGAUGGUUUAAAGGUUCGUCCUCCUUUUAUCUAACGGAAGAAUUAACCCCACAUGAUAGCGUAAAAUUUAAUUUAAAAUCUUCAAAAUUUUGUUUGCCCCCCUAUUUGGAAUCGACUAAUAUUAUCAUGGUCGCCACUGGAACGGGCAUUGCGCCCUUCAAAGCGUUCAUAACGGAAUUUAAACAUUUUGACCAAACGUGUGUGUAUAAUGGAGUAGCUAAGAAGGCCAAGCGAAUCCUCUUCUUCGGAUGCAGAAAGAGAGAAAUAGACUUCCUCUACGAAAGGGAAAUUUCAGAAGCUGUGGAAGGGAAGCAUAUCGAUGAAGUGUUCCUUGCUUUCUCAAGAGAUCAACAUGAAAAGGUUUAUGUGCAGGAUUUAAUUCUGGAAAGGAAGGAUCUUGUCUGGAGUUUGAUACAAAAGGGAGCCUACAUCUACGUAUGUGGAAAUAACAACAUGAGCAAAGAUGUGAACAAAACGAUUAACAGCUUGCCGAUGCAUUACAAACAAAACAAUAAGAAAUUUACCAAAAGCUUGAAGAAGGCCGGGAGGUAUGUGGAAGAAAUGUGGUGA